CAGCUGCGUCUUAAAGUGAAUCUUGUUGGUGGUAGAGAACAGCUCUGCCUAGCUCGGCUCGCAGAGAAAUACAAUUACAGUCCCAGAAAGAAGAGCGGCGCAAAAGAGCUCUUUUCCUCUUUCACGCACAUCACUCUUGCCUGCCCUGAGAAAUUACAAUAUUCAUCACCAGCCGAACAGCCCUCUGUAUCUUCUUUCAGUAGAAAAGACGCUCAAUUUCUUCUCAUCUGCUGAGGUCCCAGGAUUCUCGAGCUGUGCCCAGCUGACAAGCUUUUGAAGAUGGCACAAUAACAGUCGAGUGAUGCCUGACCAUGACAGCGCAGCCCUCUUAAGCAGACAAACCAAGAGAAGAAGAGUUGACAUUGGAGUGAAAAGGACUGUAGGGACAACAUCUGUGGUUUUCACUAAAGGAAGAGCAACCUUAUUCAGUGCCAUGAAUCCCCACGGUUCCGAGCAGGACGUUGAGUGUUCAGUGGUGCAGCAUGCAGAUGGGGAGAAGUCAAACGUGCUCCGCAAGCUGCUGAAGAGGGCAAACUCGUACGAAGAUGCCAUGAUCCCUUUUCCUGGAGCAACCAUCAUUUCACAGCUGUUGAAAAAUAACAUUACCAAAAAUGGUGGCACAGAGCCCAGCUUUCAAGGCAGUGGGCUCUCCAGCACAGGCUCAGAGAUUCACCAGGAGGACGCCUGCAGUAACUCUUCGCGAGAAAGCCCCCAAGAGUGUCUUUCCCCAUUCAGCAGGCCGACCAUGAGCCAGUUUGAUAUCGAGCGUCUUGGUGAUGAGCACCUGAGAGCCAAGCGGGCCAGAGUGGAGAACAUAAUCCGCGGUAUGAGCCACUCUCCCAGCGUUGCUCUACGCGGAAAUGAGAAUGACAGAGAGGGGGCGCCACAGCCCCCCAGCCCCCGGGAGAGUUACCGGGAAAACAAGCGCAAGCAGAAGCUGCCCCAGCAGCAGCAACAGAGCUUCCAGCAGCUGGUUUCAGCCAGAAAGGAGCAGAAGCACGAGGAGCGCAGGCAGCUGAAACUACAGCUGGAGGACAUGCAGAAGCAGCUGCGGCAGCUUCAGGAGAAGUUCUAUCAAAUCUACGACAGCACAGAUUCGGAAAACGAAGAAGAUGGUAACUUGUCUGAAGACAGCAUGCACUCGGAUGGCAUGGACCACCAGGCCCAAGACUCGGUGGCUGACAGAUCAGACAACGAAAUGUCCGAUUUGGACCCAGGGCAUUUCAUCGACCGUGCACGUGCCCUCAUUAGGCAACAUGCAAUGAUGACGGAAAAGCCUAAAAGAGACAGCCAGAGAGGGAAAGACCAAGGGCCAGCCUCCAUGCACACGGAAGGCAAGCAGCUGGCUGAGACAUUAAAACAGGAACUGAACACUGCCAUGUCCCAGGUAGUGGACACAGUGGUUAAGGUCUUCUCAAAACCCGUUCCUCAGGUCUUUCCACCCCUCCAAAUGCCUCAAGCCCGGUUUGCUGUCAAUGGGGAGAACCCAAACUUCCACGCCGCCAACCAGCGGUUACAGUGCUUUGGCGAUGUCAUCAUUCCUAACCCGCUAGACACUUUUACCAACAUGCAGAUGCCUAGCUCCAAUGACCAGACAGAAGCACUGCCCCUGGUGGUUCGAAAGAACUCAUCUGACCAAUCAUCCUCCACUCCCACCCCUGUAGGCCAUCACCAUCACCACCCUUCCCUGCAUCCGUCUCCACUGUCAGCCACUGUGGGCUUUGGCUCUCCUUCUUUCCGCCACCCCUUCCCCCUUCCCCUCAUGGGCUACCCAUUUCAGAAUCCUUUAGGCACCCCUUCAGGUUCCUAUUCGGGGAAAGACAGAGUGUCUCCAGAAUCCUUGGACUUGUCCAGGGAGGCCACUAGUCUACGGACCAAGAUGUCAUCCAAUCACAUGAACCAUCAUCGAUCUUGCUCACCUUCAUACCCAGGCAGCACAACUGAAGGCCUAUCUUUGUCCCUCAUAAAAUCUGAGUGUGGAGACCUUCAGGACAUGGCAGAGAUUUCACCUUAUUCAGGAAGUACAAUUCAGGAAGGACUUUCACCUAACCACUUAAAAAAGGCAAAGCUGAUGUUCUUUUACACAAGAUACCCAAGCUCCAACAUGCUCAAGAUGUUCUUCUCUGAUGUGAAGUUCAACAGAUGCAUCACUUCUCAGCUCAUCAAGUGGUUCAGCAACUUUCGAGAGUUCUACUACAUUCAGAUGGAGAAGUUUGCACGGCAAGCGAUCAAUGAUGGUGUCACAGGCACAGAGGAACUGAAUGUCACGCGGGACUGUGAGCUGUACAGGGCCCUCAACAUGCACUACAACAAGGCAAAUGACUUUGAGCAGGUUCCGGAGCGAUUCCUGGAAGUGGCUCAGAUCACGUUACGGGAGUUUUUCAAUGCCAUUGUUGCAGGCAAAGAUGUUGAUCCUUCCUGGAAGAAGGCCAUAUACAAGGUCAUCUGCAAGCUGGACAGUGAAGUCCCUGACAUUUUCAAAUCUCCCAACUGUCUGCAAGAACUUCUGCAUGAGUAAAGAUUUCCACUGCUUUUUUUUUUUUUUUCUUCUGAAUGUAUGAAAAAAAAAGUAGCUUUCCUAAUUGAUGCCCGACCCAACUAUUCUGGGUAUCUUCGUUCCUCCUUUUCUGAUAUCAUUUGUUUUCUUUUAAGACUUUAAACCCUUUGGGUGUUUUGACUGUGUGAACCCCUCCUCCUUUCCCUGUUUGUGAAAUUAUCACUUUGCCAUAGCCUUGUGGCUAAUUGUACUGUUAACCUGAAAAUCUUCUGCUUUGGUCACUAAAAGGGUUAGAUUUCAUGGAGAAAAAUUUGAAGUGUGUUAAGACAUUGCAGAGUAGGGCAUUAUGUUAUAAAUUGUAUAGAUUUUUCAAUUAUUAUUAUUAUUAUUAUUAUUAUUAUUAUUAUUGCAUGCUACAAAUUACAAAACUGGUAUUACCAUUUUGUUAAGUUAGUUAUGUGACACAACACUACAGAAAAUUAUUAUUAUUAUUAUUAUUAUUAUUAUUAUUUGAGGUAAAUACUCAAGUUUUAGGUUCUGUUUAGUAUUAGGGAAUGUGACAGAUGUUUUGUCAAAAUGCCACAUUACCUUUUUCGAAAGAAGAAUUCAAAUUAUUUCUUUGUGUAUGUGUUUUUGUACCCUUGUGUAGUACUAACACCUGUCAAGAGAUGGCCCCGCUCCUCAACCUUUUCCUUGACAGAAUAACCUUUCCUGUAACUAAGCAACAUGGCCAUUUUCAUAUGGAGGCUAGACAGGUUUGCACAAAAUAUGGAUGCUUUGCUGCAGAGAGGCUACUCUGGCUCAUGCACACGCACGCACACACACACAUACAUACACACACUGGAACAUACAGAUACUUGUUCUGGUUUUCGAAAUUAGGUCAGAUGGUGUUUCACUCUCCAGUUACUGAAAAAUAAUUUUGCUCUUUAUUUUUAUGAAUAUAAAAACACUACUUUUUCUAAAUGAAUAAAUCUGUCAUCAAAGACCAAAAUUUUGAGCACAUGAUAGAGAUAUUGACAGUGCAAUAUCCCUGCACAGAACAGUGAUACUUCUCUAAGGUUCUCGGCACUUUUUCCGCGUUUUAAAACAUUUUUGUCUUUGAGAAGAAUAUAUUGAAUUGUCCUCAGAUGGUGUUUAUUUUGUGUGAUUCAUUUAAUUUAUAUAUGAGUAGAUUAAGUCAGUGCUGUGAAUAGACAAAGCUUUUCUGUAUUUUAUUUCUUAUUGUACUUGAACAGUUGAAAUAUCUCACUGUAAUAAUUUAUCUGGAAGUGUUUUUGGUAACAAAACAAAAAUAAAUAAUAGAAACUACUGACAGUGCAUCUUAGAGUACAUAAGGACCUUUUUAUUUUAUUGUGUUACAUGUUCCCAUGUGUUGCUACACUGUUUACGUAACGUGUGUAUUGUUUAAUUAUUAUUUUUUUUUAACAUUUUGACCACUUUUUUAACCUUUUUAAAUUGCAUUCCCUGCCUCAAGAUGGUGUCCCAUGUACCAGCAUGGACCUCCCAGAAGUACAUUUCCCAUUAUCCUCCUGCUCACUGUUAAAUCCAUCUGGGUUACAUAUGGGAGCAGGAGGAUGAAGGGAAAUGUAGUUCUGAGAGGUCCAUGCAGGUACAUCGGAAGCCAUCUUGAGGCAGGGAAUGCAAUUUAAAAGUUUAAAAAAGUGGUCAAAAUGUAAAAAAAAUUAAAACAAUACACACACCUUACGUAAACAGUGUAGCAACACAUGGGAACAUGUAACACAAUAAAAUAAAAAGGUCCUUAUGUACCCUUUAAUGACUAUUCAGAAUCCUAAUGUGUGUGUAUAUACACUAUAUGAUAACAUGAACAUUAGCAUUAAAGGAGAAAUAUGUGAUGUAUAGUACUGAUUAUUCCACAACUGGAAUAGAUACAUGUAGGAACACUUUAUAUAAAAGGUUAUUUUUCAUUGAAAGAUAUACAUGAUAUGAAAUAUAUGAUUGCUCCAUUUCAAAUUAAGCUGUUUUAAAAGGUUUGAAACUGCCUUCCUUUUUUUUUUUUUUUUUUUUAGGAUUCCAUUCCUCUUGAAGCAAAACUUUUUUUUUUUUCGUCUUUUACAUUUUGACUUUAGAGUGAAAAUUGUCCAUGUCACUGCACGCCUAGCAUAACCACUACAGUUUCACAUUUCGAAAUACAGCUGAUUAACUUAAAUGCAGGAAAAGCAAUUAUUGUCAGCACAAUGCCUUAAAAACCUGCUGACUUUUAAAUUAAACAGCACAAUGCUUGCGAUGCCCUGUCAUUAUUCCCAAGCACUGGCAGUAUCUGUAGACAAUGCAGACAAUAGCAUAAAUGAAGUGCCAACGUUUUCACUAUGCACCACAAAACAGAGCUAUCUUGUUAAUCUUACCCUCCCUUAAUAGUGCUGAUUUUAAAAACGGUUUCAUGUGAUCCUUUAUUCACCUGGUCCACUAGGCAAAACAAACCUCUUAGUUUAUUUAAUUUAUUUUUUAGGAACAUAAAUAUGAAUAAAUAUCAAGAUACACUUAACAUAAAGAUCUGCUAACAGGUGGAACUUUAAAUGUUUACUUUUAAUAUGAUCAGCAGGUUGUUUUUUUUUUGGUUCCUUUAAUUAUCAAUGGCUCUAUAGUAAAUAUAUUUGUUAUCAUAAUGCUAGUUUUAAUUUAAGACAUAUUGCGUAUUAAAUAAGCAAAUUAUUCUUGUAGUUAAUUUCACUAUAUCUAAUGCAUCAUGACAUCUACAACAAAAAGCCUGUCAGUCCUAGUAAGUAUUUUGUGUCUGAACAUAAUUACACACCGAUAGCUAGCUGAACAAUCUUCUGGGAUUUAGAGAAGGGGUGUCUAAACCAUGAAGCUUGGAUUUUAGGGGAAACAAUACUUCAUAUCCACUUGUAGCUAUAUUUAAAUGGGCUAUUAAAUCAUUGCUCCAUUGAGAGCCAUGCUGCCUUUGUGCCUCUGUGUGCUAUGAGAUUAUUACAACUCAAUUUGUUUAGCCUAAUAACUUUCCCCUGUGCACAAUUUCCAUUGAAUGGCAAAAAAGGCAAGAGGCUUACUUUUUCAUAGUAACACAUUUUCAAGUCCCUUUUAAAAAAAAUAAAUACAUAAAAAAAAAUGCUUUUCGCUUUUUCGCUGACACAUUUAAUUCUACUUACAAACUUGAGGUAAUAGUCUGUGCCUAAAUCUUAAAAGCACCAGCGGAAGGAUUUAAAAUUCCUUCAAAAACUAGUCCUCUCCACAAGUACAAUAGUUCUUGUGCCUUCUAUGGCUAAUAACUUCAUCAUUCUUAGGUUUUAUUUUAAAUUACAACAAUUGCAAUAAACACUAGAUAAAGUUUUUUUUUUCUUUUUUCUGCUGUUUAACAUAAUGGUGAUAGCUAUGCAUAUACUGUGUCAUUUUAAAAUAAUUAUGUGUGUGUGUGUGUGUGUGUGUGUGUGUGUGUGUAUAUAUAUAUAUAUAUAUAUAUAUAUAUAUAUAUAUAUAUAUAUACACACACACACACACACACAUUAAGCUGAAGCAACCCUUUUGAAGAAGUGAAUACACAUUUUCAGAAACCAUUUGAUAAAGCAAAAUAUUUUUCCUUAAUUGUUUGUUUGAGCAGCAUUCGAGUUUUGAAAAUUCUUGUUGGAGCCAAUCGUUUGUAACUGUGGUGCAAAUAUUGUGUUUUCUUAGCCUAUCGAAGAGUAGCAUAGAAGCAAUAUUUCAUGAAAUGUGAUCUAUGAGUGAAGUGAUUUAAAAAGCUUGAUUUUUUUUCCCCCUUUAGAUGGUUUCAAGUUUAGACUUCCUGCUUAUUAUGUUUUGUGAAUAGAAUGGUUUUAUUUGCAACUACUGAACUUUUUUUUUCCAUUUAUUUAUUUAUUUUGUUGACUGUAUAAAUCAAAGUGGCAUUGGGGGGGGGGGGGGGUUCAACAUUUAAUGGGAGGGUAUGAUAUGUGGGGUUGGAAUGUAUUUUAGAAGGAAAUGAUUUUUCACCCAUGUUUUUGUUGACCCUUUGACAUGUGCCUGUGAAUAUUCGAAAUGUGUUACCAUCAGUGUGGGUGAAUAGGCAACAAAAUAAAUACAUCAAUAAAUAAAGGAAGCUUUUGAAACAGUACAAUGUAAUAUCUUUACAGCUGCUGUCACUUACCAUGUGGGCAAUGAUAAUGAAUUAGUACAUCCAUUAUUGUAGUUGCUUAGAUACAAUACAAACACCCCUGUUGUCUACUAUUGUAACCUGUUAGGUUGUAUGCAGUGCUCAUCUGUCUCUUGCUGAGAAAUAAGCUUAUUCACUGUAUAUCUCAGAUAUUUAGUGCUGUAAUGUUACAGUAAUAAUUUUUGCAACCUCUGUUCCUAUAUGUAUUUAAAGUAUUGGUUACAGUUCAUAAAACAGCUUUCAUAGCAAAGAAGGUGUUUUUAUGGUAAAAGAAAAAUAGCUCCAAUGCUUUUGAAUCGCAGUGAUGUCAUGUCGCCUACCCCCUGUGGUGGUGUUUAAAUGAAUACUCCCAGACAGUAAUGGCAGCAAGAGGAUACCACGUCCUCUGCUCAGACUACAAGCAAUAUUAUUAUGAAGGUAGCUUGAAUAGCAUCCAGGACCUGCCUGCCUUUCUUUAUUUCUAUGUCUGUACAUGAUUCAAGCUGGGCAACCUCUGAAAGAUAUUUAGAAAUUGUAUUGAUUUAAAAAAAAAAAAAAAAAAACUUUCUUUGAUAUCGAGAUGGCUACAACAGUGAAAGACUAACGUGAAUUGCACUUAAAUGUUAAGCUAAAGGAAAACAAUCUAUCACUUUGACAGAAUUGUUUAAUGCUGACUGCCUAUUGAUAAUGAAGUUCACCACUUUUUUAAAGGGCUGGAGCUAAGGCAACAUUUUUAAACUGCACAUCCUUCUCCGGAAUCCAUGAAACCUUUGACAGUGGUGACAUGAUCUAAAGCCCCUUUCACACUGGCAUGAUCUACCUGGGUUAGAAACUACGCAGACAGGACCCGGUGUCAUGCGGGUCGGGUACGGGAUUUCACACUGCUUUUGAUAAAGCAGGGUUGAUCUGGGUGACGGACGCAAGUAAACAAUGUAGGUAUCAAUGCCCCGGAAGCAGCUAGUUACUGACGCUUCCAUCCAAGCUUCUCAGGAUUGAACUUAGAGAAAAUGUUUCUUGCUGCAAUCUGGCUCAUGGUGUGUCUCAAGCAACACAAAUAUAGCUAAACAUAAUAAACUUUCACGCAGGUGGCUGUUUGUUAUUACGUCGGCUUACAAAUAGCCGUCAAUCAUUUUUUCUCGCUCAACCCAGGUCAAAGCGUGUAGACCCACAUCCUGAGGUGGCUCACUGGGACCCAGGUACGUAGUUUCACACUACGCGAGAUUCUGACCUGGUUAGCCAGGACAGGGUUUGGACCUGGGUAGGAUUGGCAGUGCAAAAGGGGUUUAAGAUGACUUAUCCCUACUCUAAAUGUCAUUAAACAAAAAACUUUUUGUGUGUUUUUAAAAAGAAGAAAAAAAGUAACAAAUGGAUUGCUUAAGUCAGUCCCUUUCUGUACUUCGUUAUAGAUGUGAAAUUCUACAGAUUUAGUACGUGAAACAAACAAAAAAAUGGCUUUUAACAUUUUUUUUAUCAUUUUGCUAGGAUGGUUUAAAGGAAAAUAUUAAGAGGACAGAUGUUUUUCACUGGCCCUGACUUGUAUGUAAAUAGUUACCUAAAGUGAGAAAGCACUGCCUUUAUAUUAUUUAGCAAUAUGUUGUAAAUAGCAUUGGUAAGCUCUUUUUGUAUUAAAGAACCCUUUUAUCUGAUUAUAGUGCAGUAAUUCCAACACAGUAAAUUUCAUGAAUUGUUUGUUUGUUUAUAUAUAUAUAUAUAUAUAUAUAUAUAUAUAUAUAUAUAUAUAUAUAUAUAUAUAUAUAUAUAUAUGCUAGCUAGCAGCAAUUUUGAUUGUGGAUUUUUGUUGUCAAUUGUUCUGAGGACUUUGCAUAAUUUAUUGGUCUAAUUUAUCCUAAUUUAUUUGAAGGUGUAACAUUUUGUAUUACCAAGUAUGUACUGUAAUUAAUAAUUAGAAUGAACCACAAAGAAGCCCUUGUUAAUUAUUGAAAAAAAAGGUGCAAGUAGCCAACCAAUUUCAGACAUUCUUGUUUAAAUUCUAGCUUGGCAGCUACUAAAUUGAAGAAAUAGAAAAUGCGAUAAUGUUUUGUUUGGAAAACAAAUUAUUUUAUUUUGUGUGUUUUAAGCUUUUGUAUACUAUCCAGACUUUGACCUUUUGCUUUGUACCACCUACAAGAUACAGUAGUUCAAUUGCCUUGUGUGCCUUCCAUCUUCUCUGAACUGAAUGUAUGUGCAGUAUAUAUGCAAGCUUGUGCAAAAUAAAUACAAAUUCCAAACGUU